AUGCAUCGUGCAAGGAGAGGGGUUAAGGAAUUAUUUAAGAAAAAGAAAGAAUUAUACAAGCCUUAUACUAACAUAAUUGAUAGACGUUGGGAUAGGAUGUUAAGAAAAAGUAUUCAUUGUGCAGCGUAUUGGUUAAAUCCAGUUUUCCAGUAUGAUCGUGAGAAUCUUUGUUCUAAAAGAGAGAUAUUUCAAGGCGUUCUUGAUAUGGUUGAGAAGAAUUUUUCUGGUAGCGGCAUUAUUGAUCUUACAAUGUCUCUAGGAAAGUUCCGUGACAGUGAAGGUACUUUUGGUAGACCUAGUGCCAUUGCUUCUCGUACAAGUACACGUCCAGAUGAGUGGUGGAAGUUAUUUGGUGGGGAUAUGCCUAUGUUGCAAAAGUUUGCUAUUAGAAUUUUAAGUCAAACCGCAUCUUCUUUCGGUUGUGAACGUAACUGGAGUGUCUUUGAAAGGAUUCACACAAAAAGGAGAAAUAGGUUGGAACAUCAAAUUCUUAAUGAUCUUGUAUUUGUGCACUACAACUUACGUUUACAAAAUAGACUCAAGGUUGAUAAAAGAUCUUAUGAUCCUAUUGACUAUGAAUGUAUUGAUAAGACGGAAUUUUGGGUGGUAGAAGAAGAGUUGAAUGGAGAACUUGAUUACAAUGAUUUAGAAAAUAUGCUUGACGAACAAGAAUAUGAACCAACUUCUCAAACACAAGAAAACGAAGUUGGUCAUGUUUUUGAUGAGAAUGAAGUUGAUAGUGAAUUUCAUUUACUAAGUGAUCGUGAAAUUGAUGCGUUUAACACUCCAAUGUCUCAAAAUCCGUGA